AUGGCUGAGCUCGCGGCGGGCGCCGUGAGCUCACUGUUGGUUGUCAUCCGCAGCGAGGCACUACUGCUGCGUGGCGUCCGGCACGAUGUGCAGUUUAUCAAGGAAGAGAUGGAGAGCAUGAAGAGCUUCCUGACGCACCUGGCGAGGUGGGCACCUCCUGGUGGGGAGCAUGACGAGCAAGUGCGCACCUGGAUGAACCAGGUGCGGCUGCUCGCCCAGGACUGCAACAACUGCAUCGACCUCUACCUCUACCGGGGGAACCCCGAUAUCCACCGUGCCAGAGGCGGACUCCGAGGCUACCUCUGGUGGGCAAGCUGGUUACUGCACAAGUUGGCCGCUAAGCACCGCGCAGCCGAGCAGCUGCGGCGGCUAAAGGAGCGGGCGCGCGACGUCGGCGAGCGGAGGUUGAGGUAUGGCGUGGAGGUCCCGGCCAAGUCAGGGGAGGGGCAAUCGCCUCCGGCACCUGGGCUAGCAGGGGCGGCACCUUCAGCACGGACUGCUGUGCGAGGUGGUCAUGCUGCUGGGGACGAUGACGGUGAAGAAGAGGGUGACGAUCAACUCAUGGGGGCAAUGACAACCGGCGGUCAUUCUGGUGGUCGAAGAGCCUUCAUUGAGCCUCGCACUUUGGAUGACUACGUCAAGGCAAAGCUACGUGAUUGGGUAGAUGGAACUCCUACAGAUGCCGGCGAGACUUUGUCCGUGGUCCUUGUGGCACCGAACACUUAUCAGGACCUUCUGGCUCUCAUACAAGAAUAUUUGGUUUUUUCGUCGGAUUCAGACCUCGACUCUCAUCCCUCGGUUUUGCCAGUGGAGAACGGCUACAAUCGCUUUGUGUUGGUUGACAUCCCGGCCGUGCACCCAAAGUUUACGCGGCUACGACCCAAGGAAGUUCUCUUCUACAUUCUGCGCGAGCUCAGGCAAAGCACAAAAGGCAGAGUGGGGAAGAAGUAUCUUGACCCUUUGGAAGUUCAUGUAAGAAGAUUCCAAAUUUACAAUCAAAUUCACAGUGAAAAGAAGAGGGCUCUUGCUCUUCUCAAAGUCAAGGAGAAGAUCAAAAAGAUGAAGAUUUAUGAAAAGCUUGACAAAAUCAAAAGUGAUAUUCAAGGUCGACUACAGAGGGGCGACAAACUACCACAGCUGCAGGGUGAGUUUCACCAGCUGCACCUAGACGUACUCCUUCAGCUGCUGCUCCAGGCAGCUGUUGCUGCGUCUCAACAAGACCAAGGGAAGAACAAUGACAUGCAAAUGUUACCAGAAUGGGACAACAGCAACAAUAACAUCAUCGUCAAGAAGCUUAAGGAGCAUAUGGAAGAGGGGGGCGGAGGAGGAGGAGGGGAAAUCGGAAGUCAGCAGACGACAUGGAUUCACCUCGAUGAGGCACAAUAUGCACACAUCCUGUGGAAGCUGUUCUCCAAGGGCUGCUCCAGCAGCAAGCCCCUGCAGGCUCAGGACAGAUGGUCGGACAAGCAAGUUACAAAGACCACAACAGCGGACAAGCAAGCUACAAAGACCACAACUGCUGAAUUGGGUGAGGAUCAAAUCAAACCAAUGAUCCAGAAUGCAAAGGAAGGCACCUUACAGGAGCUGCAGAAAGGCGAGUAUGACAAGAGUGAAGGGACAGCUGAAUCUGGUAGUGUUCCGGAUCAAAACCCAGAAACGGUUGUUGAAAAAUUCGGUCAGAUGAUGGAGAAAUUAAAGCAGGAGUUCAAAGAGCAGCUCAAGAUCAAAGGUCUCGUGGACGAGAUUAAGCGUAAUUUGGAAUAUAUUUCGGACUGCCAUUGUUAUGAAUGUCCCCUGUUUAUCCUCAGAGUUGAUGAGCUGAUGGAUAUUGCCACAUGGGAGGGUACCAGAAAUGCUUUGAGCCUGCUAAACUGCAGUGCCGAUUUAAUGAUGGUCACCAACACAAAUGACGUCCAUCUGGCUAGAGAAUAUUGCUAUCCACAGCGGGAACCUAUAGCUAUAGACUAUUCUCUUGCUGGCCUCUACCAUGAUACAGUGCUCCAGCUUACUAGCCAGCAGAAGAAUAAAGACAACUACAACCCCCAAAUUUUUCAUGAUAUCUUGUCCGAGUGUGAGUCACAUGAAUUCUGCAUGAAGAUCUUCACUCAUGCUUUGUAUGCUAACCCCAACAGGAGCAAUGAGGAGUUACUCAAGCUGCACAGCACCUUGCAGGCUUUGCCAAAAUCAUUCAACAGCAUCACUAAGGUGAUGUUCAAGUUCUCUUACAACGAUCUGCCUAAAGAAUACAAGUCCUGCCUACUGUACCUAGCUAUCUUCUCUAUGGGACACAAGAUCAGGCGGUCAACCUUGAUUGGACGGUGGAUUGCAGAAGGGCUGACAUCCAAUGAAGAUUGGCUCAGUUCUGUGCGUCAGGCCAACCGAUGUUUUGACACACUCAUUGACCGGUGCCUCGUUGAACCUGCUGAUGUUGGUGCUUCAGGAAAUGUCAAGAGCUGUGUCGUAGGUGAUCUUUUUCAUGGAUUCAUUACCACCAUCGCCAGAAAACAACACAUCGUGGAGACACGGCUGUCACAUCACUUGGCUCGCCACUUCUCCAUUUUCAACGAUCUCCAGCUCCGUGGCUCUGAUAGAAUUGAUAAAUUUUUCCAGGGGCUCUCUGAAUCAUCUCGAGUAUCCCUGCUCAAGGUGCUCGAUCUAGAAGGUUGUCAGUGCUUUGGGAAGAACCGGCAGUACCUCAAGGACAUCUGCAGCAAGAUGUUACUUCUCAAGUAUCUAAGCCUCAGGAGAACAGAUAUUACCGAGCUACCUAGUGAAAUCAACAACCUCCGUGAGUUAGAGGUAUUGGAUAUCCGAGAAACCGAUGUGCCUCCACAUGCAACAGCAAAUAUCCUGCUAUUGAAGCUGAAGCGUCUGCUUGCUGGUCACAUUGAUCUGAAUGCAAGCAAGUUUGGCUCUAGUGGCCGGGUUCCUCGUAGGAUCGGCAAAAUGGUAAACAUGGAGGUCCUAUCUAAUGUCCAGGCCAAGCACAGUCAUGAUUUAAAAGAUAUUGGAAAGCUAUGGCAGCUGAGGAAGCUAGGUGUGGUUAUUGAUGAUAAGGAUAGCCACCUCAGGAAUUUGCUUCAGACAAUCAGUGACCUCCAUGAGUCCCUCCGUUCUCUGACAAUCACUGCUAGUGUUCUGUUAGCCACACAAUCCGAGGGUACUCCUUCCAGUGCAGAGUUACCAGAUGGCAUUGGCUCGCUCUUAGAAAACCAACCCAAGAUGCUUGAGAGUCUAAGCAUCAGGGGAAUCAGUCUAAAUCCAUUGUUCAUGAAAGGUGAUAACAAAAAACUUGCGAAGGUAACUCUUAGUAGCACCCUGCUGAGCCAAGAUGAUUUAAAAGUCCUUGCCAAGCUGCCCAAGUUACGGUGUGUCAGGCUCCAACAUAUUACAAGCACUGAGCCCAUGCUCAGCUUCAAGGAGGGUGAAUUCAGAUGCCUCAAGUACCUUCUUGUUGACGGCUCGGGCUUGACUAUCACUUUUGAGGAUGAAGCAGCCCCUGAGCUCGAGAAGAUGGUUUUGUCUUUCACCAGCACAGGUUUUAUUUCUGGAGUUGACUCGCUUCCAAAACUCAAAGAGUUGGAGUUGAACAACAGCUUCAGUGGCAGGUUGCUAUCAUCAUUUGGCAGUACAGCACAAAUAACCAAGCUGACUCUUCGUGGUACAUUGCUAGAGCAAGACGCUCUACAAAUACUCGCAAAGAAACCAAAUCUGCGAUUUCUGGUGCUUUUGGACAAGUCUUUUGGUGGACUACAGAACGAGAUUACAUUAAAAGAUGAGUUCUCAUGGCUCAACCUUCUUGUUGUUGACUGCUCGGCCAUCACCAAGAUUGUCUUCACCAGCGGAUCUGCUCCUAGGCUCGAGAAGAUUGUCUGGUCAUCUUUCACAUCCCUCUCCGGUAUCCACAAACUUCCCAGCUUGAAGGAGCUCGAGUUCAACGGUGGCCAGGUCCCCGAUGAGGUGAGAGAGGGCAUCAAAAAGCAUAAAAACAAGCUUAGCCUUAAACUUGUGGGCCAGAAACUUUAA